CAUCGAGCUCUAAUGGCUGGACGAUCAUGGCUGAUCGAUAGCAACCGGAUUGCAACAAAGAUUAUGAGUGCCUCGGCUAGUUCCGACCCGCGCCAAGUGGUGUGGAAGAGCAAUCCUACAAGGCAUUGUCCCAACUGUCAACACGUCAUUGACAACAGUGAUGUUGUUGAUGAUUGGCCGGGAUUGCCUCGAGGUGUGAAAUUUGAUCCAUCUGAUCCAGAGAUCAUAUGGCAUUUGCUAGCCAAAUCUGGUUUGUCAGGGUUAAGUUCCCACCCUUUCAUUGAUGAGUUCAUCCCAACCGUCAAUCAAGAUGAUGGAAUCUGUUACACUCAUCCUAAGAAUUUGCCAGGUGUUAAGAACGAUGGAACGGUGUCCCACUUCUUCCAUAAAGCAAUCAAAGCUUAUAGCACAGGAACUCGAAAGCGUAGAAAGAUUCACGACGAUGAUUUUGGCGAUGUGCGCUGGCAUAAGACAGGAAGAACGAAACCGGUUGUGUUGGAUGGUGUUCAAAGAGGUUGCAAGAAAAUUAUGGUUCUCUAUGGCGGAAAAGCUGUGAAAACGAACUGGGUGAUGCACCAAUAUCACUUGGGAAUUGAAGAAGACGAGAAGGAAGGUGAUUAUGUUGUUUCUAAGAUAUUCUACCAGCAGCCACAGCAGCUAGUAGUCAAGCAAGGUGAUAAAGUUGACCGGGAUGUCUCUGAGGAUAUCUUUGCUGCAAUGACUCCAAAAGCGGAUCCUGUCACUCCAAAAUUAGCCACACCUGAGCCUCGACAUGCUGUGCGAAUUUGCUCUGAUUCUCACAUUGCCAGUGACUAUGUUACUCCCCAUGACUAUGUAACUGCCCAUGAGGUUUCUCUUGCCGAGACAUCUGAGGUAAUGUAUAUGGAAGAUGAGGUUCAGAGUAUUCAACCUAAUCAUGAAAGACUAAGUUCUGAAUAUGAGCCUGAGCCUGAGCCCGAGCCCGGACUUGAAAACGGAGCAAAAGAAAUGAUAGAUGAUAAAGAGGAGCAGGAGAAUGAUAGAGACGAUGAAAACCAAGCUGAGGAAGAGCCGACUUGGUUUGACAGUGAAUCUCAGUUAUUCUUGAACUCGCAACAGCUAGUGGAAGCCUUGUCUCUUUGCGAUGAUCUCUUGCAAGUGGGAUCACAGGACAGGGAAGAAAACACAAACAGUGGAAGCUUAAAGAAUAAACAACCAUGUUUAGGGGAUUACGCACAGCUAGGAACAGAAGACUUCAAACGGGAUCUGGAGGAAUGUCAGAAAAUCGUUCUUGAUCCCUCUAACAUAGAGCUUGAUACUCCACCUGAGUUUCGUCUGAGCCAGCUGGAAUUUGGAUCACAGGACAGCUUUCUUGCUUGGGGCACUGGAAAGACUGACUGACUAAAUCAAUCUACCACGAGCUCAAGACCUUGGAACUCAUUGAUACUUUUUGGUUGGCAAAAACGGUGCCACGCUGCUGUAAUAUGGUAGUUUCCUUUGCGCCUCAAGGGCUUGAUUCAAACUGUUUUUUUUUGGUUUUCUUUUGUUUUGGGAUUUAGAAUAACUACUUUUGGAAUGU